CAAUUUUGGCAGUGUCGGAAGAGUGAUGGAAGAGGUGGUAUAAAUCUAUUUCUUGGCCAUCAUCCAAACACCAUAGCCCUGAAAUUUACAGGACGCAACGGUUGUGCACUGCGGUGGAAUGAUGGAAUUCCCUCUAACAAGCUUUCGCUCUCCUGCGGUAUCGUUAGUUCACUCUAGUAGCCACUAGCCAGCCAGCCAACAUUCCUCGGCAAGCUGGUAGUACUGGAUCUUCCCCGGCGAGAAAAUCUCUUCUGAUAGGUCAAAGUUUGACACAACGACAUGUUUUGGACAUGGCGCACCCAUCCAAACGCUUUGUAGUCUCUUUUGUGCGCUCGGUGUCAUCUGGUACCGUUGCCAGCACCAUGGUGCCAGGAGCCCAACCAAAACCAACUCUUACUCGAGAAACUUUUGGGUACGUAACGCCUGGCACGAAAUAUUCGCAAAAGCCAUGUUGAAUUGCAUGUAAAUACAGCUCCACUGGCUAAAAUACCUGUACGCCUGUUGGUAGUUUUGCGUACCGUACGGUACUAAAAAGUAUUAAUACCACGCCCAUGUGCAAAACCACGGGAGCACAUCAUUGAAGCUUUGCGACAAGGUGUCAAGAUGCAAGAUGACAAGGCGACAAGGUCUACGUUGUCUGAACGCUUCGAUCGCUGCUACAUGAAAGAGCCAGAUAGCUCAGCAUUUACUGAUUGACUAAUAGCAGCAACUAAGCAAUUGAAUUGAAUCGAAUCUAUCCCAUUAUCAACGUCGAACCUUUCGAACGCAGCUUUCGCAAUCGGAACAAGUUAUUGCCUAUCAUGAACAGGCCGGACAAAGGAGGCAACCAGCGUCACGCCGAAGCAGAACUGGGGGAUUCUUCUGUCGCGGGCAGUGCUACUAGAGAAAUCACGACAGGACAACAAAGAAAUUCCAUUUCCAACCGCUCACAGCGCGGAAGAGACCUCUCCCAGCGACGAUCGGAAAAGAAAAAGGGACAUCAACAACAAUUUGUUGGCGCCUCGGCAGCCACACGAGUCGUUGGAAAAGCUCCCAGCGAACCAGUUCUCUUUUCGACACAGAAAUCGUUUCAGUCGAGGCAGCAAGCAUUUACCGAUUCUCGCAAUGUAGCUUCAGUUCCGGGAGCAGUAUCAUCUCUGGUAGCCCCAAGUACAAACAGAGGGUUGUCAAAAACAAGGUCAAAAUCUCCCAAACCAUCCAACCAACAGGAUAAUGGGGCAGAACCAGGAGCAGUACCGACAAUCUCGGCCCCAAGUACAAAUAGAGGACUGUCAAAAACAAGGUCAAAAUCUCCCAAACCAUCCAACCAACGCGAUCAUGGAGCAGAACCAGGAGCAGAACCAGGAGCAGUACCAGUACAAAAAAUCUCGGCCCCAAGUACAAACAGAGGGCUGUCCAAAUCCAAAUCCAAAUCAUCAAAAUGCCGACCAGCUCCAGUAUCGCUUGUCGUGAAUCCUCCAAAAUUUGGCCUGGAAGCAUCUUCAUCGUCACAUCAAGGGGAAACUUUGGAUCUGGAGGUUGCUUCUUUGAGUACGUCCAAUCAUCAUGUUCCUUCUCCAGCUGGCAGCAGUCUAUGGGACGGGGGUAUUGAUACCAGCGCUCAACAUAAUAAAACAGACGAAGAGGAAGCAGCAGCUUCACUCCCAACUGAUGAAGAGCUUGUACUAGCUUCAUAUCAUGCCAAAGGACCGGACCUCCAGGGACUAAUAGAAGCCACCCCCAUCAACGAUGAACGAUCUAUGUCCCUACUCCCUCAAGCUGAAAUGGUGGUCAUGGAUAAUGCUGCGAGGGAAAAGGAGGCUUCUGACAAUGAGAAGAGGAGAAAAGAACGGCAAUGUAAGAUCAUUGGUGCUAUCAUUGUGGGCAUCUGCACACUUGUCAUCAUUCUUUCAGUUGUGUUCGGAACUAGAACAAAGACAGUGGCAAUGGCAGUAUCAACGUCUGCUGCACCCUCGAUAUCUGAUAUGCCCUCAGUCUCUCCAUCAUCUAUGCCCAGUGAGGCAUCAUUGUCAUCAAGACCAGACAUCAAGGGGCUCUCAGAAAGUGCUGCCGAAGCUAUCACAAAGCAAGGGUCCCCACAGCAAAGGGCAUAUGAAUGGACCUUUGGACACCCAGAGUUUGAGGAGAUGCCAAACUGGCGGAGGUUGCAACUGUUUGCAUUGGGAACCUUUUACUAUUCCUUUGAAAAUUGGCCUGAUGAUUACCAGUGGAUGGACUACAGCAACACAGAAUGUUCCUGGACAACAGAUCUGGACUCACCAGAGUUAGGAGGAUCAACAAGUUCUUGGAGGCCACCCGGAUACAGUGCGGGUAACUUUUGUUCGGAUAAAUCAAACUGCUGUUCACCUACUCGCCCAAACCCUUUUGACUCCAACUGCAAUGAUGAAGGCAAUUUCUACUACAUGAAGCUGAGACUCUCCAGAUGGGGUGCGCCACCAGUUCAUGGGACCCUGCCACCCGAGGUAUUCCUCCUUACUGGGAUCACAAUAUUUGAUGUCAGAUCGGCUGGAAUUGCUGGCAGUAUUCCUUCGGAGAUUGGUAUGCUUUCCAUCUUGACAAACCUGAACCUUCAAACCAAUCAAAUCACAGGACAGAUUCCUUCAGAGAUCGGUUUUCUAACGGAUCUGGACGAUUUGAAUAUUGGUGGCAAUGCCAUAUCUGGUUCUGUUCCAACCAGCAUUGGCCAGACCAAUCUUACUAGGCUUCUCUUGGAAUACAACGAGCUAUCAGGCUCCCUUCCAUCGGAGCUGGGCUUGCUGUCUUUCCUCCAGCGCGUGGACUUGGCAUUCAACCAGAUCACUGGUCCUUUGCCGUCUGAAUUGGGUAGCUUCACGAGGAUAACAAGACUGGAUGCUAGGAACAACACAAUUUCAGGUCUGCCAACUGAAUUGGGGCUCAUGACUGAUCUUUUGUAUCUACUGCUUCGGGACAAUGCUAUUGCAGGAACCCUCCCAAGUGAAAUAGGCAACUUGUCCAACAUGAUGUACCUAAGUCUUGAGCGAAACUUGAUAACUGGAGCAUUCCCAUCUACAUUCAAUCAUUCAGGUGCGCGUCAAUUUGACUUACAAGGCAACAGAUUGACUGAUAUUCCCACAGAAAUAGGCAACCUUGGCAAUGACAUUUACCAGCUGGACCUGAGCAAGAAUAUGAUCGCCACCUUGCCAAGCGAGAUGUUUCUCUUGACCAGUCUUUCCAAGCUUCAACUUCAUGGAAACCAGAUCAAGCGCUUGCCGAAGGAAAUUGAACAGAUGACCAAUCUAGAGCCUUGCGGUGGUGGCCUUUUGUCAUUGAAUGAAAACAAGCUAACUUCAAUACCUACUGAGAUUGCAAGCUUGGCCAACUUGUGGUCUUGGACCAUGAACAGCAAUGCCAUUGCAUCCCUUCCUGGUGUGGAUUGGUCCAGCUUGUCAAACUUGAGGACAAUUCAACUUUCUCACAACUCGCUAGACUCUUCAAUUCCAUCCCAACUUGCUCUCCUGCAACAGCUCAUGGAGCUUGACCUGUCCUCCAAUGCCCUGAUUGGGAGCAUACCUUCAGAAAUUGGAAAUCUUGAGAACUCAUCUAGCUGUUGGAGGGUUGAUCCAGUCUUUGGUGGAUAUGAAUCCAACUGUGAUGUCUUGCUUCUUCUGGACCUUCAUAACAACUCACUGACUGGCUCGCUUUCAACUGAGAUGGGAAGAUUGACUGGCUUAGCAGUGAUGGACAUCUCCUUCAAUAAGAUAUCUGGUCCUAUCCCAUCCGAACUUGGGCAGCUCUUGACCACACUUAUGGAAUACAAUUCUACACUGGAUGAAUAUGUUGAGCAGGAGGCAUACAUGAUUCAAACGCUUGAUCUGAGCAACAAUCAGCUGAGUGGAUGGUUGCCAUCAGAGCUUGGCCUUCUGACAAGCCUGGAAACUCUGGACUUGUCAUUCAACGGCCUUACAGGAUCCAUUCCCAGUGAGCUGGGAAAUUUGAACUCCUCAUCCAGUCAAAUCUUGCUGCUGGGCAACAACUUCAGUGGCAUUCUUCCCGAAACUUUGUGUCCCUGGUACUGCAUGGGCCACCUGUGCUCUAUGGCGGGUGUCUCUUGCAGCAUGACCGCACUAUUAGAAGUUGACUGCUCAAGUGCAUCCUUGGUAGACUGCAGUGUUUGCACCUGCUUCUAG